AUGUCCACUAAGAAAGAGAAUUCUGUAACAUGCAUUAACGAAUGCCAAGAUUUAAACAAAGAAGCAACAUCACCUAAUAAAAAUUCUGACACUAUUAUUCCUCCAUCUACAAAUCAAGACCAGCCUUCAUCUCAAAAUGUUCAAAUUCCUUUAAAACCUACUACAUUUCCUAUCUGUUGUUCAGAAGGAAAUUCCCCAACUUCUGCACCUUGUGAAUCAGCCUACUUUGAUGUGUAUGGGAUUUCAUCUAUAUCUUCUACAUCAAAUAGUUGUUCCAUCAAGUCAGCAAUAGAAAAACUUGAUAAUAUUUAA